AGAGACGGUCAUUUUGCAUCUUUCUGUGAAUGUGUGGUUUUAGAUGCGAAGGAAGUCAGUGAAGUAAUCCAUUUCUACUGGCUACAGGCUGGCUACAGGAACACUUAGUCAUCUACUCUCAGGAGAUUGUUUUGGAACUGGGCACGGAUUUGGCUUUUAUUUUCAAGCUCUUUCGUGCCUGGGAUUAGUUGUCGUAUUGGUUUUUAGGGAAUGCCGUCUGCUGGACAAAAUAUAAUCCUAGCUUUGCCGUUGCUGCUUGGUUUAUGAAAAACAGAUGUCUUAAUGCUCUGGAACUUCACACAGAAUGGAAAUGACCGGCUAGAGAGCCAUUUCGACCGAGAACAUCGAGUUGAGACCUUACAGAAUCAAGCCGGGGGGUGUGUUUUCUCUGCUUGUCUAUUUUUUCUGUGUAACUGAUAGCUGUCCAAGGAGCGUCAGUCCUACCACUAAGAAAUGUAAGGGGAUAAAAGCUGUUUCACCUUCAGAUAACAUCAGUUGGGAGAUUGCAACUGCGAAGGAGGGGAAUGAAGAGAACCUGAACAGAGUGCAGGGUAGAAGGGAACUGGACCCAUAUGUCAAUGGUCUAGGAUGGCCAGUGAAGGCUCCAACAUCCCAAGUCCCGUGGUGCGUCAGAUUGACAAGCAGUUUCUGAUUUGCAGCAUAUGCCUGGAGCGCUACAAGAAUCCCAAGGUACUCCCCUGUCUGCACACUUUCUGCGAGAGGUGCUUACAGAACUACAUUCCGGCCCAUAGUUUAACCCUCUCCUGCCCGGUGUGCCGCCAGACCUCCAUUCUGCCAGAGAAAGGGGUUUCUGCACUUCAGAACAACUUCUUCAUCACAAACCUGAUGGAUGUGCUGCAGCGAACUCCAGGUAGCAACAUUGAAGAGUCUUCCAUCUUGGAGACUGUCACAGCCGUUGCUGCAGGGAAGCCGCUAUCCUGCCCAAAUCAUGAUGGAAAUGUAAUGGAGUUUUACUGCCAAUCCUGCGAGACUGCUAUGUGCCGGGAGUGUACGGAAGGAGAGCAUGCAGAACACCCCACGGUUCAGCUCAAGGAUGUCGUUGAGCAGCAUAAGGCUUCUUUGCAGGUCCAGCUAGAUGCCGUUAAUAAAAGGCUUCCAGAGAUAGAUACAGCUCUUCAUUUCAUAUCUGAAAUCAUUCAUCAAUUAACCAAUCAAAAGGCGAGCAUCGUAGAUGACAUUCAUUCUACUUUUGAUGAGCUCCAGAAGACUUUAAAUGUGAGAAAGAGUGUGCUACUCAUGGAACUGGAAGUUAAUUAUGGCCUUAAACACAAAGUCCUGCAGACCCAGCUGGACACUCUGUUAGAAGGCCAGGAGAGUAUUAAAAGUUGCAGCAAUUUUACUGCCCAGGCCCUCAACCAUGGCACCGAGACCGAAGUCUUACUAGUUAAGAAACAAAUGAGCGACAAGCUGAAUGAACUUGCUGAUCAAGACUUCCCAUUACAACCCCGGGAAAAUGACCAGCUGGAUUUCAUAGUGGAAACAGAAGGGCUGAAGAAAUCCAUCCACAAUCUCGGGACUAUCUUAACCACUAAUGCUGUAGCCUCUGAGACGGUUGCCACGGGAGAGGGGCUGAGGCAGACUGUGAUUGGACAGCCCAUGUCCGUUACUAUAACAACCAAGGAUAAAGAUGGGGAGCUGUGUAAAUCUGGGAAUGCCUACAUUACUGCUGAACUGAGCACUCCUGAUGGCAGUGUAUCAGAUGGAGAAAUACUUGAUAAUAAAAAUGGCACUUAUGAAUUUUUGUAUACUGUCCAGAAAGAAGGGGAUUUUACUCUUUCGUUGAGACUCUAUGAUCAGCACAUCCGGGGUAGCCCAUUUAAACUUAAAGUGAUCCGCUCAGCAGAUGUGUCUCCUACAACGGAAGGUGUGAAGAGGCGGGUUAAAUCUCCUGGAAGUGGCCAUGUGAAACAAAAAGCUGUGAAAAGGCCUGCUAGUAUGUAUAGCACUGGGAAGAGAAAAGAGAAUCCCAUUGAAGAUGAUUUGAUCUUUCGAGUAGGCACCAAAGGAAGAAAUAAAGGAGAGUUUACAAAUCUUCAGGGGGUAGCUGCAUCUACAAAUGGAAAGAUACUAAUUGCAGACAGUAAUAAUCAGUGUGUGCAGAUUUUUUCCAAUGAUGGUCAAUUUAAAAGUCGCUUUGGGAUACGAGGACGGUCUCCUGGUCAGCUACAAAGGCCAACAGGAGUGGCUGUACAUCCUAGUGGCGAUAUUAUCAUUGGAUAUGAUAACAAAUGGGUUAGCAUUUUCUCGUCUGAUGGGAAGUUUAAGGUAAAGUAUUAAAAGUCCAAAGUUUUG